AUGAGCUACUUGCAAAACGAAAUCAGAGUUGUGUUGACAGGACCGUCAAACAGGUUCUUUGUAGCCUACAAACCGUACGGAUGGUUCCUGACUACGCCAUUUGACCCCCGUUUCGGGGAAGCCGUAAUGGCUCCGGUGCUAGCCGCCAAGCUAGGUGUGUCCCCUAAAGAUAUAUCGUUCCCCGGUAAACUCGCUGCACGCGAAAGCGGGCUGGUUAUAGGCUGCACCGAUACUGCCAUGCACAAUAAGAUCGAAGCAACUCUGAAAAAUGGCCAGUGCUCCAUGUCCUACCAAUGCAUAGUCCAUGCAAACCGGUCGGCGAACACAGCCCUCAUCCGACGCUCGCCCUUCAGCCAUGCGUUCGCAUGCUACAACCACCAUGAAGGCGUGUCAUCAGGUGUGGUAACCUUCGACGUCAGGAGGCAAACGAAGGUGGAGCCUCUGAAACGCCUUUCCGCUCUCUCCGACGAACGCUUACGAAACGUCUUAUCGCAAUUCCUGGCACGAUCGCGCGUUGUGUCAGUUCAUGAUGUUUCAGUUAAGCGGAAAGACGCAAAGAUUAUAUCUGAUGGUGAAGAAUCUGGAUUUUCUGAUACUGGCAGCUCCAAACACAACUGCCCUGGGUCGGAUGAAGUCGGGGACGCCGGCAAGACGGAUUCUUCCAUUGGUCAAGAUAAUAUUACCGGCACCACAGAAACUGUUGAUGAAGGCUUCACAAAGACUGCAAACACAAGCACUGCAGCCGAUUCCCAGCAAAAUGGGGGAUACAGUUUUGCCUACAUUAUGGAGAACCUGCGGGACUACCUCAAACGAACUGCCGAGGAUGGCACGACACAGCACAGACGAGUUGGAAAUAACAGCCAUAACACGCGUGAUGACAAGGAUCGAAGAAACGCUCUGUCACAAUUCCGACACGUGGAAAUUGCAACCGGGAACCACAUGGUCAACAAGCACAUGGUGGAGGUACUCUCCUCAAUGGGUCUGGUGGUGCUGACAGGGCCGCCUCAUCAAAAUACAUCUAAAAUUAGGGCAACUGUGGACUCAGCAUGCCUUGAGUUGUGCGCACUGCAAUUCCCCCACCCCAUCUACAGAGACAGGGUCAUCGAGGCACGGCUGCACGAGGGCGACCCAGUGGUACCAGAGGAAUGGGUCAGGCUCGCGCUCAAUUCUUCUUGUGGCGUUCCAUAA